AUGACCUCGAAACACCUUCCUGUCCCGAAUGGGAUGCUCCCAUUUUGGCGGACGGAGCCCCACGUUUUGGAUAACCACCGCUCCAGCGAGGUUCUCCCUGAGAAGAGUGAUAUUGUGAUUGUUGGCGCAGGAUAUGCCGGGGCCUCGAUCGCGUAUCAAAUUCUGAAACAGGUCAAGCCUGGGUCGGCGCCGCCUUCGAUUACGAUCUUAGAGGCGAGGCAGGCUUGUUCUGGGGCGACGGCGAGAAAUGGCGGGCACAUGAAGCCUGAUAUCUAUAAUUUUGUAUCGACCCUCGCUGCGGAAUACGGCGUCGAUGCGGCGGCUGAGGUCGCGGCCUUCGAAGCAAAGCAUGUCUAUGCGAUUAAAGACUUUGUGGAAAGAGAACAAAUAGAUUGCGACUAUGCGGUUACGCAGGCUAUUGAUGUGAAUUUCAGCUCGGAUCACUAUAAGAAGCUCAAGAAAGGAUUUGAGCAGCUAGUCGCGAGUGGAUGCGUUCCGACCAAAGAGGGCCGAUACAUCGAUGCGGAGAAUGCACAGGAAUUCUCUGGUGUCAAGGGUGCCGUCGGCUGUUUCACGUAUGACUCGGGACAUAUCUGGGCCUACAAGUUUGUCCUGCAUCUCCUCGAGAAGGUCGUCGCGCAAGGCGUGAAUCUGCAGACACAUACCCCGGUGACAAAAUUGACCAAAUCAACUACUUCCGACGGUGCUGAACGCUGGAAUGUCGAAACAGAACGCGGUUCCGUCGCGGCCGGGGUCGUGGUGAUGGCGACGAACGCCUACACGUCCGCGCUCGCACCGCAAUAUCAGGGCAAAAUUGUUCCAGUAAGGGGCACCUGCAGUCGCAUCGCUGUUCCCCCAGGGUCUGCCGCACCGCGAUUGACCAAGACAUACACCUUGCGCUGGAACGGGUGGGACUACGACUAUCUCAUCCCGCGCGACGACGGCAGCAUUGUGGUCGGGGGUGCACGGACGGCCUUUAUCCACGAUCUGGACAGCUGGUAUAACGUAAGUGACGACAGUCGGGUGCUCGAGUCCGCCGCCCGCUAUUUUGAUGGAUACAUGCAGCGGCACUUUGUGGGGUGGGAGAAUAGCCAUGCGUAUACCGACCGCGUGUGGACGGGGAUUAUGGGAUAUUCCUCAGACGGGCUCCCGCAUAUCGGUGCGGUGCCGGGCCAGAAGGGGCAAUAUAUGCUGGCGGGAUUUACGGGGCAUGGGAUGCCGCAGAUCUUCCUGGCUGCGGAAGGGCUAGCGAAGAUGAUCGUGGGCGGGGCCGGUUUUGCGCAGACGGGGCUGCCCCGGUUGUUCCAAACAAGUCAGGCGCGAUUGAGUCGUCCGGAUAGCAGUAUCCUCGAUCACACGCCAUCGGGUCGUCGAUCAGAGGCCAAGCUCUAG